GCGUUAAUUCUAGCUUUUAAAUCGUAGUGUUCUGUCGAUGGCGCAUUUUUACCACGUGACUACCCAACGUCCUACUGCCGUGGUAAAAACGUGUACAGGCCAUUUUACCAGCCCAAAUGAUCUGAACUUACUGAUAUGCAAAAACACAUAUGUUGAGGUUUUUGAAGUUACAUGUGAAGGCUUGAAAUUGAUUCGAGAUGUGCCUAUUAAUGCCAAAAUCGUUGCCGCUAGUCUAUUUAGACGAAAAGAUCGUGAAACGGAUUCGUUAUUUUUACUCACUCACAAAGCUGGUGUCGCUAUCAUUGAAUGUGUGCGAAGCAAUGAUUCAGUUGAGUUUGUCACUGUCGCUUCUGGAAGUGUAGAGGAUAGAAGUGCACGAAUAAUCGACCAGGGUUUCGACGUUCUAAUCGACCCUGGUGCCAACUAUAUUGUUGUACGGCUGUAUCAUGGGCUUUUAAAGAUCAUAUUACUCCAAUGUAUUGGCGAAAAAAUAGGCACUGAUUUUCUAGAUACAAACCAGUGGACUGUAAAUACAUACAGCGUGAGAAUCGAAGAAGGUAACAUUGUUGAUAUGGCCUUCAUAUAUGGCUAUAGUUUACCAACAUUUGCUAUGAUUUAUGAGGAUGAGCUUGUGUUGCAUAUGAAAACAUAUGAAAUAUAUGGACGGGAGCCCGUACUUCGCAAUGUUCAACUGACCCUAGAUUCCAUAGAACCUGAUUCUAAACUUCUUAUUCCAGUUCCGAAACCCUAUGGAGGCGUUAUUUUAGUCGGCGACAAUAUUAUAUGUUAUCAUACUAAAGAUGGACCCCAUAUAUCUCAGUACAUUCCACAAGCAAAGGCUAGCCAAGUACUGUGUUACGCUGCUGUUGAUGCACAACGUUAUUUACUGGGUGAUAUGGCUGGGCGCUUAUACAUGGUACAUUUACUCUCCGAAGAUAUUUCUGCGGCCGCUAGCAAUGGUACAAGUACCUCUGAUAGUCUUUCAGCAGUUCGAAUUGGUUCUAUCCGAAUUGAACUUCUUGGGGAAACUGCGACACCUGAAUCUAUAGCCUACCUAGACAAUGGAGUUGUAUUUAUUGGCUCAACACUUGGGGACUCACAGUUGAUCCGUUUAAAUCCUGACCCAGAUCCUGAGCGUAAUAGUUAUAUAACUAUUUUAGAAACAUAUACAAAUAUUGGACCGAUAGUUGACAUGGUCUUAUUAGAAACAAAAGGUCAGAAUCAAUUGAUCACUUGUUCAGGAGCUUAUAAAGAAGGAAGUUUACGUGUUAUACGCAAUGGAAUUGGGAUUCAUGAACAUGCUACUAUUGAUCAAGAUCUAAUUAAAGGUGCUUGGUGCUUCCCGAUUGAAUCUGAUCGUUUCGAUGAUACAAUUGUAGUAUCUAUGGUUGGUCAGACCCAACUUCUUCACCUUGCGGAUGAUGAUAUUACAGCUCUACACUUGGAAGGCUUUAAGACUGAUGAACAAACUGUUUAUUGUGCUACACUAUCACCCUCUAGUGAUUCACCUAAGCCAGAAUGUAUGAUGAUUGACGAGAAUAAUACGUUAGAUCCUUUACUGUUACAAGCAACAACAAGUGGCUUACGCCUAAUUGGUAUUCAAUCACUUUGUGGCAAAGGUUGUUUAACGGAAUGGAAACCACCAACUGGACGUGGAAUCUCUUGUCUUAGCUCAUUUCGUCAUACUAUCGUUGUAGCAAGUGGGACAGAAUUAUAUGUGUUAAAAGUAGUUGGAGAAUCGAAUAAUCCAAAAUUUGAACAAGUUUCACAUAGACAAAUGUCCCAUGAAGUGGCUUGUAUUGAUCUAACUCCCUUUAAUCAUGAUCGUGCAAUUGCAGCUAUUAAUGCAGUGUCAUCAAAUUAUAUAGAUCCAACUUCAUCUUCUACUCUUGAUAAAUCUGUACCAUCUUUAGUUGCAGUCGGUUUAUGGUUAGGACAUGGUCUCGCUUUACUUAAACUUCCUAAUUUAGAACUUGUUCAUGAAGAACCUUUACCGGAGACAACAGCAUCAACUGGUACAGCUCUAUUACCUCGUUCUGUAUUGAUUGCUCAGUUAGAGGAUAUGGCUUAUUUAUUUGCUGCAAUGGGUGAUGGUACUCUUUACUUUUAUACAAUUGAUCCUUCAGAAGAUCGUGUUUGUUUACGUGAUCCCAAACGUGUCAGUGCAGGCACUGGACCUUCCAUGUUUCUAAGACAAUGGCGUUCACAACGUAAAGUGAAUGUAUUUGUUUGCUCAAAUCAUCCUUGUGUAAUAUAUUCAAUUAAAAAUAAAUUAAUAUUUGCCAAUUUAAACUUGAAAGAAGUGAAUUUUAUGACUCCAUUAAAUGGAUUAUUUUAUAGUGACUGCAUUGCACUGGUUACUCCGACGGCACUCAUCAUUGGAUCAGUGGAUGAAAUUCAAAAACUUCACGUAAGAACUCUGCCUUUAGAGGAAACACCGAAACGCCUUGCAUUACAGUCAGAAACCAGCAGCUUAGGUGUUAUUACAUAUCGUCAAGAAAUGUUUCAAGAAGGUAUGGGAUUCAAACCUGUUCGUUCAUCGAUAUCUUUAUCACAGAAAAUUCCCAAGUCAGCUAGCCGACUUCCAAAGACUGCACCAUCUUCUGUCUCUGCUACUGAACGAAAGUUUCGUGAAAUUGAAGUUUCAUCUCUGCUCAUAUUCAAUCAAUCUAAUUUGGAAAUUCAAUUUGCACAUAAUUUCUACUUCAGUCAAACAUUAGUUGAAGUAGCUGUCAGUAUAGCUUCUGUUCAAUCUGAUAUUCAUAAUGGACCAUUGUUUGCUGUUGGCACUGCUUUCUUAGUAGAAGAUGAAGUGGAACCAUCUAAGGGACGAAUUCAUUUAUUCCGUUGGGAUCCUGAAUCUUCUAGAUUGGACACAGUUCUAGUGCAUGAUGUGAAUGGUUCUGUUUAUCGAAUAGUGGAUUUUAAUGGUCGUCUACUAGCUGCUAUCAAUAGUUCAGUAGGUGUAUAUCAUGUGGCGAUAAGUAUUUGACCGUUUGUUUUUAUCUUAUCUUAUCUAUGUGAUGUUUGUUUAUUGCAUUUUCUUCUGUGAUUAUACUCCCUGUCAUGUCAUUUAGAUAUAUCACAAAAAUUCAACAUUGACGAAGUGUGUAUUUAACAAACAUCCAGCCACAAUCCAUCAAAAAUAAGAUUUCCUAAUUAUUUAAAAAAGUUUCGAAUAUUUAAUUUUCAAGUUUAAAUACAUUGGUUGAUUGACUUAUCAUGUACAAUACGACUUGAGAUCAACCAUGGUGGUAUACGCAUAUUCAUUCUUUAAUUGUAACGGACAUUUUGAUCAUCUUAUUACAUUUCGACUUCUUGUUAAUUGUCUAUAUCCAUAUCUUUUUUACUCAUUUCUAUGGUUCUCGUCGUUUUAAACUUAUCUUUGCUACGUGCUACCAACUUGGUCCUUCAGCUGAAGCUAAUAAGCAGAUAAAACCGAUAACAAUGCAUAUACUAACAAAAAUAUCACAUUUCGUAUUCCAUAGUCUGUUCGUCCGUAAUCAAUUUAACUGACCCCCAAGUUUCCAUAACUACAUUAACACAUUGAAAUGAAGUUAAUAAAAGAAAUAUAUUAAAGCAUUCUAAACAAUGUAGUCCGCGCGACUAUCAUAACCAGUGGUUGGAGACGGGGUGAUAUAGCUCAGAAUCUAUCACAAUGGCGUGGGUGUAUACGCUCUUUGUUUUCCCUUAAAUUGUGAGAUUCAAAUUACUUUAUACCUUUUUUUCUACGAACUAAUCCUUUCUCCCUGUAUUAUAUCCUUAUCUGCAACCUUUCUUUUAUAUAUUACUACCAUUGAAGUAACUACUUCUGGGUUUUUUUGUUAAUCUUGUUGUGCAACUUAGACCAAUACAUAUAUCUGUCUGGUCCUACGUUGUAGAUGACUGAAUGAUAAUGAGCAUGACAUUCAAUGUACUUUACAAAUAAUUAAUUUUAUAACCAAGAAGAUCUAUUUUCAUUUCGCUUAUAUUCGUUGAAACUAUUCUGUUUUACUCUCCUUGUUUUUCAAAAGGUACGACUUUUUGAUAUUAAAGAAGAUUCUUUACGAUUAGCAUGUAGUUUCAAUGAGAAUAUCAUUGUACUUUUUCUUCGUCGCAAAGGUGAUUUCGUUCUUGUUGGUGACUUGAUGCGUUCACUAACAUUGUUACUAUUCAAAUCAAAUGUUAAUAAUUUUGAAGCUAUUGGACGACAUCGUCAUCCUCGUUGGACAACAUGUAUUGAAAUCCUUGAUGAUGAACAUUUUCUUGCUGCAGAAGUGGAAAAUAACCUUUUUGUCGUUUCAAGGGAUCUACCAGAAAAUACUAAAGAACCAAGUUUUCGUGCUUUAUUAUCAUCAUCGAGUGACUCAUGUGUUUUGCCAUCAUUAUCCAGUCAACUACAAUCCAAUAAUGCUUCAUCAUCAAAGACCACCGGUUCAUCAACUCAACCUGACAAUACCACUAAUGAUAAUAUUGUUGCUUCUGGCACUAGUUCUACUACAACUUCAAUGAGUUCAAUACCAUCAUCAGUAGCAGAGGGUCGAAGUAGUAGUACACAAUCAACUCGUCAUUUUCUUGAUUCUCGUCUAACUGGCAGUAAACCGAAUUCCAGUGGUGUAUCAGGUGAAAUGCAACGUCUAGUUGAUUGUGCUUAUUUUCAUACAGGAGAUUUUGUCAAUGUAUUUGUACGUGGUAAGUAUUUUUUUAUGCAACAUUUUAUAAAUUCAAUUGAUUCAUUACUCAACUUUGAAUUAUGAAGUGAAAUGGUUUUCGCAAUAAAGUAGUAUUUUAUUUGUCUGAAACCUAUUAUAAACACAUGUACUAAAUUAAUCGGUUAUACUUUCAAAAAGAAAUUCAACGGUUGGACUUAUUUUUUCUUUAUCUGAUUGAGUAAUGCUACAAUAUGUUUUGCCAGUUAAGCUUUUGAUUUCAGGUUACUUUUCAACAUCUAUUUGUUUCUCAGUCUUUCUAGGUAAUUACUUCAUAGUGUACAUAUAUUAUGUCGUCUUUUGUCGGAUUAGCGGCCUAGCAAUCAUUGCAUUCUUUUCGGAUGUCAGAACUGUUUUGCUGAACUGAAAUCAUCUCUAAAGUUUUAUGCUAGAAGACAUACGUUUUUUAAUUUCAUGAAGAUAUUGAAAAUCCUGAUACAAAACACCUCAGAGUAUUAGGAUAUACUGUUUCAGUAGAAUUUUAUUUAUUUUAACACAGAUAUUGGUACAAGGAGGCACCAAACAGAUAUGCGCCACACAGACCUCACUUGAUAUGUGUGAGGGCUGUGAUACUGCGCUGGUACUCAAACCGAAGCAGGUGGAAUUAAAGCCAGUAACUUAAGUUAGUCUGUACCACAUUUGGCACGAUCUUAAUCUCAGUGUGCUCAUGAUGAAAUCCUGACCGAUUUCUGCUAUAACCUAGGCUUCGUCCCAACUUCAAUCACCAAUACAUUAAUAAUCAUAUUUGGCAAAUCAUGUUAUAUCAAGCAAAGUGAUCAAUAAUUGGUUUGUUAAUCUUUAAAAGUCUGACAUUAUAAGUUGCUUGUACUAUAUCAUUUAACUCUUAUAUCUGUUAUUGGACAUUGAAGGUUAAAUUAUCCCGACAAUUGAGAUCACGUACUAUUUUAGUGUUCCGCUAGAGGAAGUGAUCCGAACUUUUUCAAGGACCUAAACAAAAUGUCACUUGAAAUACAAAAUCUACAUGUUUAUUGAAUUAUCUUCAUUCACUCUGGACCUGAACAAUCUUCCGUCGGACUGUAUGCUUAUCUUUUUUACUUUAGGAGUAUAAACAUUUCAUCCGUCUAUUAUAAAAAUUAGUAACGCAGUUUUGCUGUUGGUUUUACUUUCGGUUAUUUGUAACUGCUAACGAUAUAUAUAUAUAUAUAUAUAUAUAUAUAUCUGGGAAUGGGUAACAAUUCUUGCUUCUUAUCACUUGAAGCUAUUCUCUUUUAGCUUGCCUGAAUCCUAUUUAGUGCGAUUGUUGUUCACAUUGAGAGUCUCUGCCAGCAAGUAAUUGAUGUAUGUAAACAAGCUGAUCAAACAUGGAGUAACUCAGGUCGUGUAGCUGUUGAAAAGAUAUACUUACUAUAGUUUGAAAUGAUGGCCGCUGGAUUUGAAGCUUACUGGAGGUAUCGAUACAGAUUCAGGUUUGUGUAAAUAGUAAAUCAUCGUAAACUUCAUCGCCACGUUCCAAUAAACAGUAUAAAAUUAUGUAAGAUAUGCAUUGUGGCUUAGAUUACUUUGAAUGCUACAGAGAUUUAUGCUGUAAUAUGAAUACCCCCACAAUUUUUUUAUUUGUGAAACUAUAAUGCGAAUCAAGUUUAAAAACAUUUGUAAUAAUUUUUAACUACGUAUGUUUUAUUUAAGGUAAUCUUGUGCUUCAGAAUGCUGAAGAACGCUGGGCUGCUGUUGGUUAUCCUGGUCACCUUUACGGUACUGUUAACGGGGGUUUAGGUCUUCUUGUUCAAGUUUCUCCAGUUUUAUUUGCGUUUUUGAAAGAAAUCGAGUUUCGUUUGUCAAAUCUGGUUGUACCUGUCGGUGGAUUUUCACAUGAUACAUGGAGAGCUUUUAAAGCUGAUCGUGAAAUUAAGAUGUCGCAUAAUUUCGUAGAUGGUGAUCUCAUUGAGACAGUUACAGAUUUAAACAUGGACGACAAGGCUAAAUUAGUCAAAGGUUUACGAAUACCGGUGAACAUGAAUGAAUUCGGAACUGCUGGUUCAACGUGUACUUCUGAUCCUGAAACACGAGAGUGUACUGUGGAAGAUUUAGUCAAAGUUGUUGAAGAAAUGUCACGUCUUCAUUAGUAGCAGAUAAAUCAUACUAAAUGUUUAUAUCGAUUUAUUUAUAUUGAUGCAGUUAUUGCUAUUCAUUGUCUUUACUUUUGCCUUUGACGAUGAAAGCCGCUAGAUUUUUUUAAAGCCAUAUUUUGCCACCUAAUUAUUCCAAACAUUUUAAUUCUGUACAUGUUUCCUCUUUAAUAAUACACUUUUUCAUUUAAUGUAACGCCCAUAUAAAUAUAUUAGAAGUUCGUCGAAAAUUUGUCCCAUCCUUCACUACAUUGUUGGUGUUAGGGUACUGCUCUGCUGCUUAUAUUUCUUUAAAAAUAUAUUGUUUACAC